AUGCAUGGCUUAAUCUUUGAGACAAGCAUAUGCUACUGGCAGGAUCAACCAGGUAGGGGAAAGCGCGAGCACACGGAGCCGGGCGUAGCCGGGGCGCGGGGCGCGGGGCGCGGGCGACGCGGCGGGGGCCGACCCCCACAGCGAGGAAGGGAGGGGAGGCGAACACCGGGGCCCGACCGACAGCCCACGCUCGGGACCACGAGGGGGCGCGGCGCGCCGCCGCGGCGGCGCAGCGUGGAGGGACGAGGGUGGGGGGGCUUCCCCUUCCCCGCACCUCUUCCCCCCACCCACACCACCAGCGCGGCCCACAACCUCGGCGCGGCCCGAGAGCGGGGCCGCGGGCCCCGGGAAGUCGCUCGGAGGCCCGGCCGGCACGUGCCCGCUCGCUCGCGCUCACUCGCUCGCGCGGACGGGGGCGGCGGGGCUCGGGCCGAGGCCCGGACCCCCCCCUUCCCCGCCCGCCCGCCGGGAGCGGGGCGGGGCGGACACGGCGGCCGGUCCACGACGGCUGGCCGGGAACCCGACGACCCGCGCUCGGGCGAGCGCGCCAGGGCGGGGCGCAGCACGGCGGGGGGACAGACGGCGGUCCCCCCUCGCCCAACACACAACGACGUCGCCAGACGGGCGGCGGUGGCGGCGGAUCACGGAGCGGAGCCGCGUCAGGCUCGGGGAGCGACACACACCGGGACGCGGCCCGGGGAUCGGCAGACGCGACGGACGAGGCGGGUAGACGGACGGGAGAGAGGGCCGACGGGGCGCGGCUGGCUCGGCCGCCAUCGCGCAGACGCGGCGACGACGUCACAGAAGCCGUGGCGGGAGGGGGCGGCCGCGCGCCACCGCGAGGGGGCCCGGGGGGCCGGGCCUAAAGGCCCGGGCGCGAGUCGGCCGCCGGGGCACGACACGGGGUCUCACCGCCAGAGGCCUCCAGCGCAGGGGCGGUCCCGCAGCACCCAGGACGCCGACUGGCCUCCACAGCCCCCCCAGGGGCGGGCCCCCCUCGCGGGGCUCGCGACCACCACCGCCAAACACCCACGAGCCGCGGCCGGCCCGCAAGAACACUCUCCCGCGCGCACACCGGCCGCCCCGCGGACCCCACCCCACACACACCUCCGCCGCGCCCGACUUCCCCGCCUCAGGAACCGUGAGCACUCCACCCGGGGACGCCGCCGGCCGAGGCGGCCGGUGGGGCGACACCCUCACGAGGGGGAGGCCGGCUCGGCCCCAGACGGGGAAGGGGACGUGGGGGGGGAUCCGCCUUCAUCCAAGUCCGACCGCCGGGGCUCGCGCCCCAGGGAAACGCUCCCGAGCGAGGCGACCCGCACCGCGCCCACACACCGCCGCCGGCUGCGACUCGCGGCAACAGUGGCCGACGACCCCGCGAGGAGAACGCCUGACACGUGGCACGGAGCCUGCGGGGUGGGGUCGUCUCAGCCACCACCGGGUGCCUGCGGCGGGGGGGUGGGAGUCACACGGGGUAGAAGACCCACGCGCCACCUCGCCCCGCCGCCCUCAGGUACCGGUCCCUCCGAGUCUCCGGGCGAGGACUUGGUUAGAGACAAAGAAAUAUCCCACUCGGCCGCCUCCGACGAGCGGGCCCCACGAGGGACCGCGCCCGGGCCCAGGCCGCCCUAUCCGGGCCACCCAGUACGGCUCGGGCCGGUCCCCAGCCCCCGGCCGGAACUCGCGGUGGAGGAGGGGGCGGGGCAGGGUGAGAAAAAGUCGCGUCCGCCGACCGGGACCCACGUGGGCACGCUGAAGGGCCGGGUGCGCCCUCCCCGGCCACCCGCGCGAGCAGGGCCCGGCCGGUCCGGUCCCCACCUCUGGAGUCCGACUCGGAAAAACAUCGGUCAGAAUGAAUCCGACCACCGGGACCCACGCGCGCCCGCCACCGAGCCCGUCGCGCCCUCCACCGGCCUAAACGCACGGGCCCGGGCCGGUCCCCACCUCCGGAGCGGGGCGCUGUGGGGACCCGGGGAGGGAGGGGGUGGGGAGGGGGGUCGGGGAACGAACGCUCCAAAGGGUGAGCCAGGAGAAGCCCCGACCGCCCAUCCACAGGCGCUCCGGAGGGCGCGAAAGACCCUCUCCCUUCCCUUCCCACCGCGGCGGCCCGGCCCAGGUGGCGUCGGAUGGCCGGGUCGGUCCCCGCGGCCGGAGGGGCGCGGGCGGAUGCUGGUCGACCAGGCCAGGCGGUCCCUCAAGCCGGCUCGAGAGCGCGGCGACGGUCACACCCUCACAGACCUGCACGCCCAAUCUCAAGCGACAUCAAGCGACAGCAGGAGGCGCCCACGCCUGGGCGCCACCGGGACAGUCGCCACCAGCGUCGCCUGGCUCCCGGAACUCUGCCUCGGGCCCGGCGGCCGAGUCACAGCCCUCACGAAGGUCGCCGCCGAAGCUCCAGAGACAAGGGACAAUAUAAAAGCGGCCGCCAGGUGGCUCCCGACAACCGGCUCCGACGUCCCCGGGCCGGAUCCCGGUCGCCGGCCGGCCACCGAGGACGCUGCAGCGCCGCCGGGCCGCCCAAACGCCCGAGCUCAGCCCGGGGCGAGGCGGCGGGCGUCUGGCGCGGCCCCGAGGCGUCCGUCUCGGAGCUAG